UGUUGUGAUUGCUAAAAAGUAGAAUCACCUAGAGAAUAAAGGAGACGGUUUUUCCUUCAUGGCCCAUGGCCGGAGGAGCAACAAGAGGCCUUUGCCCGUGGAAACCUUUCGCGUGCCACAGGUGCCCCGUGGCAAUUACCUGCACGUUCUGGAAGAGAAACAAAGACUGCAGCUCAAGAAAUUCCUCCUUCACAGGAUGUUUCUGGUGGCCAACAUACAAGCAAACAUGGAGAAAAAAGAAAUCGCUGAGUACUACGACCAAAUGUUUCAGUCAAUCUUGAAGCAUCACCCAGCAGAAGUGGUGACAGGGUUACUUCUCAUUUACCCCACUUCCAUGCUGCAUAUCCUCGAAUCUUCCGACGGGACGCUUCACCAAAUCCUUUUAGAUUAUUUUAACCAGGAAAAGAACGAAUCAGAAUUUUGGGUUCGCAAAAUGAAAAUUAUAGUCAUUUCUCAUAACAUCCCAACAAGACUCUUCACGCAGUGGUAUGUUUCAGUAGUGAAAGUGCCAGUUUUGUAUCUGGAUGAUGUGACACAGUCCCAGACCUUGGAAGAGGUCAUCACAGAUUUUUUCAUUCAGACUCACAAACUGGCGCUCUACUUUUUUAGUACCGUUAAAGUGGGCAUUAAAGGACAGGGUGAUAACUUGCUCCAAGUUGUACCUGACCUGCUCCCCCAAGAACAAACCGUAAAGUAUCUCUGUAAAUGUGAAGAAUUCUUAGAUCCAGCAACAUUCAUAAAUGUGUAUAACAAACCCAUGCAUGUCACCUCGGACUCCGAGGUGAUGUGGCCAGCUCCCUCCAGCUUCUAG